AUGACAAAAGAGAGCAGGUCACCGCGCAUUCGUGUGAUUAAUAAUUCGAUUGGCGCAUCGUCCCGUGUGGUGGUGGAUUUCGCUGGUACUGAUUCGUCGGUAUCGGUGCCCAAAAAGGGCGGCCAAGUUUUCAAAGACGAGUGUGUCUUUUCUUUUGCAGCCUCAGAUGAUAAAAAUGGAUUGCUCAUAUGCCUGCGCACUUUCCUAGGAGUUGAUUUAGAUUUUAUGGAUGGAUAUAACCUUAUAGAUGAUGAACAUUUCAAGCCCAGAAAACUUGCGAAUGGUACACCAGGUGGCUUUGAACUACCUGAUGAUAAAUACACCGUCAGCGAGAGGUGGUGUCUGCGUUGUUUCCUUGGUGGACAGACAGUAGAUGUUCCCUGUCCUGUGGAGGAUUCCGCGGUUACCGACAUGUCACACCUGGAGGGCCUGGGGCUCACCGCCAAAGUGAUGUCCUGUAUCAACAAAGUUUUACCAUCUAUUUGCACACAGCCUUCACACUACUCUCCUCAGUGA